AUGUCUUUCCUUCAUGGAGUUCUUGAGAGUGUGAAAGAUGAUGAUAACGUUACAACUUAUGAUAAAUACAUUGAUAAUAAAGAUCAUCAACUUCAAAAAUUACUUGACUCUCUCCAAUCUUCCAUUGGCCAGGGACGCAGUGUCUUUGGUGAGAGGAUUGAAAAGGUAAAUGACAAGACAGGCGACGUGAAGAACAAAUUAGGUGAGUUGUUACAUGACACAAUAGAAAAAUAUGCUACUAAUGUUGUUUCAGGUCAUCAAGACAAGAAGCUCGAGACCCAGUUGCAAGCUUGGACUUCCGUACUUGGCAGUAUCUCAGAUGCUGUUAAUGACAUAGAAACUAAGCAUGUUAAUUUCUUAGAUAACUCACUUAGUACACAGAUAACGCACGAAAUUAAGCUUAUUAAGGCGACCGUUCAGACGCUUAAAUUAUCAGCGGGGAAUGACACCAUAAAGCAGCAGGUGAUUCAUGUUGAUGAAACGUUGGUAGAAGAGAAAGAAAAAGUGGAUUCCUCAAUCAGGAGGGAGUGUAAAGAUUUGUGGGUGAAGUUGGAUGUCGACAUUCGAAAGGUAUUGGAGGAAAUAAUGAAAUUGUAUGCGUCACAGAAAACACAUUUUACAAAUAUUCGUGGGACAUUGAAGGAUUGUCGUAGAUUUUUGGAUACCUUUGACAAUGAUUAUAAGAUUCCUAUCCUUCAGAAAUUUGUUGAUCUGAAAGAUGCAAUGACGGAAAUUAGGAAGACGGAUGCUGAUAAAUGUCUGCUUGAAGAGCAAGUUGAGAAGAUCAAGUCGGCGGUGGAGGACGUUGGUAGAGAGUUGGGUGGAUGUAUUCGGAAUUUGAAUGGUUGUAUGGAUGAAGCAUACAGACGUAUCGAACAAGCGCAGAAGUAUGCUUCUCAAUUUAUGAAAAAGGAAGUUGGGAAGGAAAAUCAGGAUGUUAUUGAGGAAAAAGUGGCUGAGUUGAAGGUGUGGAAAGACAGGCUGGAUGACUAUAUUAAGAAUGAUUUUAUACAGGAGAUGGACACAUUAGUUAAGGGAGUGCAGGAUAAGGUGACGGAACUGGACGAAGAAUUUAUAAGGGAUAUGACGAGGGUGACGGGAAGAAUAAAUAGCGGAAUUGUCAACUAUAUUACUAAAUUGGUGGAAGCCGUAGUGGCUGGAGAGGGUCAGUAUCUUGGUAAUAUUGCCAAUAAGUUGCCUAAAGGAAGUAAGUUGGCAGAUUGGCUUCGGGGAUACAUACCGACCGGCUUAGGUAAUAAUGGCAACCCUACUAAUGAGGAAAUUGCAAAAGUCCUCAAGGCGCUAACGAACUUUGCAGAUGUUGGUGAACACAACAUGUCAGCUUAUAGUGCUAUUAGUAAAGACCUUCACGGAAAAAUUAAAAAUGAAAUAUUCUAUGGCAAAGAAAUGAAAGCUGCCUUCAAUAAACUCACACCCGCUUUAAAUUCCAUUAGCCAUUACUCUAAAAAAGUAUUCGACAUUUCUCCAACCGUUAAAAAGCUCACAGAAUUGUCCACUGAUAUCAGCACUAACCUCAGUACUCUCACAAAGACAGUUUCUAAAACCGGUAGAUACGUCAACGUGUACUUGUAUGAUCUGAAAAGCAAAAACAUUGAUGACCAGCUUGGCAAAAUUAGAGAUCAACUUGGCAAAUUGCACACUGCUGAGUUCUCCGACGAUCCAGGUGCAAUCCAACAAGCGAUCACUGCCACUAUUGUUACAGUGAACAGGUUGGAAAGUCUUCCUGGCCAGGUUGAAAAUGCUCAAGACGCGGCGGUGAAAAUAACGGAUACAUUCAAUACUGUGCUUAAGGAGCAAAUUCACACCAUAUCCUAUUAUGUUGAGCUGGCAGACAGCGCAUUGACACAAGCGAUUGACGCUGUCCGCGAAUCUCUUCAAACAGCGCAUAUAAAUGCCGAGCAAUCCGUCUCCCACCUCUCGGAUACUGUGAUAGCUACCACGAAACAAGCCUUCUCCGCCCUCACAAAUUCCAUCCACUCCCUCUUCUCCACCUCCCACGCCGCCGACCUCCAGGCCCUGCGCGCGCUCGUCGACCAGCAACUGCGGGAAGUGCAAACAAUAAUCGCGCGGGACGCAGUCACGGGCGUGAAGGGGAUGCUGAAGUGGAUGAAAGGCACAGGUGAAUAUUCUUUGGGAGAAAUUCAAAAAAUUGUUCCUACGCCAACUCAGCCAACUCUGACAGCGAAGGAUCAUUCCGGUAAGUUCAAAGACUUAUCCACAAGAUUUGAGAAAUAUGCUGAUAAAGUUCUCGUUUACAUCGAAGGACAAGUAAAAACGCCGAAUAAAGAUCCCUCUCAGGAUCCGGAGUCUAAUCCACAAUCCGAUAACGUCCACGAUAUUCAAGGCAAACUAGACUACUUACUUAACUAUCUUAAACGCAACACAUCUGGUAAUUUAAUUAGGCCAUUUAACUUCGAUCAUGUAUCUGAUGAAUUGCUAGAAAAACUCAAGAAAUCCGUUACCAACUUAACAUCUCCCAACUUCCACGGCUUCCACAACCCGCUGCUCCUCGACGCCCUCAAGGGCGGCAUGACAAAAUUCACCGAGCAACUCUCCCACGCGUAUGUGAAUAAGUAUAGCGGAGAAAUCCCUACAGAUAGCUGGGUGGAAGAUGACACAAAGUCCACCAAAAACCCAGCGGAUAAAGUCCUUUCCACUGAGGGCCGCAACUGCGCCAAGGUAUGCCUGACCAUACUGGAGAUAUUUAGUCAUGAUCUUAAUGAGCUCAAGCAUCAGUGUGAGACGAAUUGGAAGAAUAGAAAGAUAUGCCUUAAGAAUUCCGGCGGAAGCAUCAAUGAUCUCGGUUUAUGUCUGAAGCGUUUCGGUUAUGGCGUGCCAUCCAUAGGGGGAAAGCAGGACGACGAGUUAACCAGCAAGUGCAGUGGUGACAAUAUUCUUACUAAACUGACACAGCUCACGUUAACCGUGAAAGAAAAUUACACUGUAAUGACCAAUAUCGAAAAACUUCACGACUGCCUUGCUACCUACUACCGUGUGUGCCACCUUCCCACUAUAACAUCACCUAAGUACCCUUCUUCUAUAUACCAGAUGUUGACGUGGCUUAGCGGCUUGCCGCACAGUCAGGUGUAUCUACAGCUUACCACCGACGGUUUCAAUGACCUGUUUGAGAAGCCGGAGGAGCAGAGCUCCGAGGGCAGUAAGGCAGCAACUCCCGAAGAUAGUGAGGGAGGCGAGCCUUCAUUUGACAUCCUCAAUGAAGUAUCACUGCCAGCAUAUCCAGAAGACGUCACAGUCGCAUCGCUAUCAGCGUCACUUGCAGAUGUUUGCACUCACGCCCACGAUGUACUGACCAGUAUACUGGGACAUGGUCACUCGGGUGGCCGGUACGCCUGCGAAUUUAAUACAAACCCAGAUCAACUGUCGUAUCCCUCUAGCAUGACAUCGCUGGUAUGUUGGCUGUUUGAUAUCCUCAAACGUGUCCACCACCAACUUUACUUGCUAUACCAACAAUGUCAUUACACCACUGAUCUCGGUGGAUGGCGUGACUGUUGGUACGGCAGGGAAGUAGGCGGGUCAGCCUGGCGGUGCAAUGAAAAACAGUGUCCCAACCAAAUUGCCAACCAAACACAUAAGCAACGCUGUGACCAAAACUGUAACCAAAGUGUUAAGUGCGGCCUUAAGUCGCCGCUCCAGUCGUUCCUCGAGGACGGACUUCCCGCUUAUUUGCCACAUCAAGUGAAGUCUGAGAGAGGCAAACUUGAGUGCCCAGUAAAGCAGCACUUUAACUUCCCCUGCAAAACACCAAUGGGCUUCACUGAUAUCAGCCAUAUGGCAUCGCAUACGCACGUUGGUAAACACAUUUACGUCUCUCUUGCCAGACUAUGUGGCGAUGAAUGGUCUCCCCUCAGCAGACUAUGUGCCCAGCUGAGCUGUCUCCUUCCUACUGCGCCGCAGACACUCGGUGACAUGUUUGCAUUUUAUUACACUUUCCUCAACGGCUGGAUUAAUAAUCGCAGAGAGAAAGAUAAACUUGGAGAACAUAGAGAGACAGCAUUUAAGGAGGCAGUCAAAAGCGCCAACUUCGGGGAUCCUGAUACCACACUGGAAAUCACUGAUAUGUUCAAAAGCAGCAAUCACAUUCUCCCGAAGUCCUCCGGACAAACUUGUAAACAUCUCACCGGCGAUCUAUAUUCACUCGUUAACUGCCAUGGUGAAUCGUCCACUCCAUCCCAUCCGUGUGGUCCGUACCUGCGACCAAUUUGUCAAGACAUAUGCAGUAUGUUUGCCUCUAAGAAUAAUGGAAAAUAUCUUACGUGGAUCGUAUAUUUAACGGACUCAUUCCACGGGUUGUUGAAAGCUUUGUAUGAGGAAUGCAAGAAUACGUGUGACGGUGACAGGGCCAAAUGCCGUAUUAGUAAGUGCAACAAAGGUUGCAAGGCUAUACACUCGCCGAUGUCCCCAACCUCAGCGCACACUGAUAACUGCAAUUCCAUUGUCAACUGCAAAUUUAUACGUCCGACACUGUAUAAAUAUGGGUUCACUCACAAGGACUGCAAAAGCCUGUCUGACAACUCGGGUAAACGGACGUGCAAAGAUUUUUGUAUGAUAUUGAAAAGUGCAAUCAGCGAAGAAUGCUCAAAGAGAGCAGCGCUCGCGGAGCUCAUUUACAAGACGAUUCCCGAUUACCUAUGCAAAAUCAGAUCACCAUUCAUGAAUACUUUACUUGCCCUCUGGUCGGUGUCGCUCCUGUACCUGCUGCACAUCGCCGUCGUCCGCCUCGACGUGCUGAGGAUACGCUCCCACCUGAGAUCACCCUCAAGCCACCGCAUCGCCGCGCAGUCCCUCCUCGCCGCCGCACGCGUCAAGGCACUCGCCAACGUCAAGUACUUCUCGCCAUAA